AUUUGGUGCACGGUUGAUGUAAGAACGAGGUGAAGGUUUCCGAUUUGCUCAUUGAAAGGGACGCUUUGCUUGUAUCUACUUCUGUGCAAUUUCCAGUUGAUAAUUAGUAGAAAAUUAUCGCUCAGUAAACGCGGACGGUUUCGCGAUUAGCGCACCCACACCACAAAUACGACAAUAUGCACCGAGAUUACGAAGAAGACAACGUUUCGACAAUCAAAAUCGAACGACCGCUUUAUGAAAACGAUCAGCUACGACAGAAUUUUCUCUAUGAAAAACCCAGAGUGAACUAUUUGAGACCGAACUAUUGCAAACCGACGGAAAUAAAAUGCCAAAAAAUUCUUUUGAACUCCAUUCCUAUAUUCAAUUGGCUCUUUCGGUACAACAUCAAAAAGGACUUGCUGGCAGAUGUAGUCGCUGGGAUAACUCUAGCAAUCAUGAAUAUACCCCAAGGAAUGGCGUAUGGAAUGCUGGCUAAAGUUCCUGCUGUAGUAGGAAUGUAUACAAGCUUUUUCCCGGUGAUUAUUUACAUAAUAUUCGGAACAUCUAGGCAUAAUUCUAUGGGAACGUUCGCUGUUAUUUCUCUAAUGGUGGGAAAGGUGGUACUGGAAUACAGCGAUCCUUCUUAUUUGCCAGAUAAUAUAGCCAACGAGACUGAGCCUGUUAUACAUACAGGUUAUAGCCCCACUCAAGUGGCUAGUGCUUUAAGUUUUGUUAUCGCUAUAAUACAGUUUUUGAUGUUUAUUUUGCGAAUGGGCGCAGUCAGCGUACUGCUUUCUGAUACAUUAGUAAGCGGAUUCACGACAGGAGCCGCCGUGCAGGUGCUGGUGUCCCAAUUUAAAGAUCUGCUGGGCAUCAAAUUGCCCGAUCUCAAAGGCUAUUUCGUCGCUAUUAAGACUAUGCAAGCGAUAAUCGAAAAUAUAGAAAAGACCAAUUUCGUUACAUUGUCUAUAUCGGGCGUAGUAAUUGGAAUUUUAAUUAUAAACAUGCAAAUUUUGAAGCCUUUAGUAGCGAAAAAGUCAUCGAUUCCGAUACCAAUGGAGCUAAUAGUAAUAGUCGGAGCCACGAUAAUAUCGAAGUAUUGCGAUCUUAAAGGAGUGUACGGAGUAAAAAUUGUCGGCGACAUUCCCACUGGAUUGCCGGACCCCCAAAUGCCUCCCCCGGAACUCCUCUACAACGUAAUAGUAGAUGCAAUAACGAUAGCCAUUGUUUCCUACAGUAUAUCCUAUUCCAUGGCAAUGAUAUUUGCCCAGAAAUGCAACUACGAAGUUAGCCCCAAUCAAGAACUUUUAGCUAUGGGCGCAGGAAAUAUAUUCGGCUCGUUUUUCUCCUGCUUGCCGAUGUCAGCAUCGUUAACCAGAACAAUGCUGGUGUUCGUGGUAGGAGGAAAAACGCAACUGGUUUCUAUAAUUGGCUGCUUUUUGUUGCUGUUCGUGCUGCUUUGGUUGGGACCACUCUUCGAAAUGGUACCGAAGUGCAUACUAGCGAGCAUCAUAGUGAUUGCACUAAAGGGUCUUCUGAUGCAAGUGAAUGAGGUCCUGGCGUUCUGGAAGCUCAGCAAAUUGGACGCUCUGGUUUGGGUCACGACCGCUCUUACUGUAGUCUUGGUUAGCAUAGAUAUAGGAUUACUAGUGGGUGUUGCGAUGUCUUUAGCAACGAUAUUUUACUUCAGCUUCAAACCCAACACGUGCUUGCUGGGCUCCAUACCCAGCACGGAUUUGUAUUUGGACAGCAAAAGAUACAAAGGGUGCAGGGAAAUUAAAGGUCUGAAAAUCUUCCAAUACGCCGGCGGUAUUAACUUCGCCACCAGGAACAUAUUCAAACACGAUUUGUUCUCGCUGAUCGGCGUGGAUCCCCAAAAGGAGAUCAUCAACAGGACGAAGCUGAUAGACGAACAGAGCAAAUUGACUACUAAUAAAGAUAAAAUUGACAAGUUGAAGAAGAAAGUCAACUAUAAAUUGAAGUGCGUGAUCAUGGAUUUCUCUACUGUCAGCAGCGCCGAUCCCUCGGGAAUUAAAAUGCUGAGUAGCGUUGUGGAGAGUUUCGAGAAAAUUGACGUGCUGGUGUACAUUGUAGGCUGCACUGAUCCAGUAUAUAAUUUAAUGGACAAAUGCGGACUCUUAACAGCGAAAUCCGAAUAUUUAAGACUGUUUCCCAGUAUACACGACGCAGUAAACUGUUACAGUAACAUUUUUAACAUAUCACUCGAAAGAACUAUUCACAAACUCAGCGUUAUAUCCAUGUGAUAUUAUUAUGUAAAUUAUAUUGUAUAGAUAGGUAAUAAGUUAUUUUAUAAUUAAUAGAUAUUUAUAUCCUCACAACAGCAA